AACAAUACACGUGUUUACGUGGUAUCGCGGCGCCUUUCUGCAUUUCUCUCGAUCACACACAGACUGAAAAUCGGGGCGUAGGAACUAGGAAGGAUCCCCAUUUUUAACAACACAACCCCAACACAAACAACUUCUAUAAAAUGGCUCACGGUGACCCGAAGAAAUGGAAUCUGCCAGGAUGGAGGAUAGAGCAGAGAUAUGCGGGAAAAGUGCUCAUCGGGAAUUGGUCCGAGGAAAGACACAAGUUUGAGAAAGGAGGAGAGAAACACACAUCAACUCAUCGAAAGGAUUAUGUGAACAACAGGAAUUUUGCUCCAGAUGUUAUGACCAGAAGAGCAGCCAAAAUGAAAAAUGAAGGCCUUGAUCAAACCUUGAUUUUCGCUCACCAUAAUAAGGAUCUAAAGAACAAUCUCAUCUCGUGGUAUGAUGAACAGUUCAACAAACGCGAGAGGUUGGAGAGUGACAAGCUUCCCGAGCUGAGGCACUGGGAUGGCCAAAAACUAGCUUGGGAGCCUGAGAAAACCGAUCAUCCCGUGAAAGGUGAACCUACAAACUUUGGUUUGAGAGACAGACUGCAGGAGAAAUGGAAAGAAGAAGAAGCGGCCAAAAGGCUGAAUAAUUACAGCACAACGUAUGGACUAGACUACAAAAACAAACCAAAGGCCGCUCUUGUCACCGAACACUUCGCCCCGCACAGGUCACUGUCAUCAAGAAUGCAUCCCGUCAACAAGAUCAACAAGGAUAUCAACCUGCGCAGUACCUCCAUCCUCCAAACUCCGGAACAAAUGCAUAUGAGGACGAGGAACGAGGCUGUGUCCAGACCCGGCCCUGCGCCCGUUUCAGUUUGAAGAGACUGAAGUGUAAGAGACAAUGUGAACUGUUGACUAAGGUGUCGAUCAGUGACAGGAACGUUGAAAGGACGUCAUUCUGAAAUGUUAUUUAUUCAGGCCAUGAUGAAUGUGAACAUGAGAGUCAUUUGUAGACCACCUGGAAAAGCAUCAUGUAGUUUGAUCAAAGUAUAUUUUGAGUACAUGUAUUUCAUAUCAUGCAUUUUAAAUUCUAUAUUGGUUACUUCAUCAUUCAUUGACAGGAAUUACUUAUAUUUUGUGAGAAAAGAUCAUUGAUGCAUAUUGUCAUAAUUCCUCCACAUAUCUAAAUUUUUAUUUUCAGAUAGUAAAUCUUGAACUUUUAUGACCAAUAUACAUGUCUAAAAGUAAUUAAAACUAAAACUGUUUUGCUUAUUAUAAUGGCAGCUUAUAUUAAUUCCAACAAAUCCUAUAAUAUAGAUGUUUGAUGUACAUGUAUGAUCCUGGCAUACAGUUUAUAUUGUGAUGAUUUGCCUUUUAUUUUGUGCUGUGAUUCGCAUGUUUAUACCAUAAUGCUAUACUAUUUUAUUACAUGAUCAUGUAUUGCUAUGCAAAAUUGAUAUUUUAUGAACAGUAUUCUCUGAUCCAUUUUUUAUAGUCAGAUCUCUUCAUGGUGCAGCCUUUAUUUUCUUUCCUGUAUCUAAGUUGAUUGGUAAGUUGUUUGUAUGGAGAAUAAAUCAGUGUACAGUUGUAAUUGUAUGAAAUCAUGUUCAGACAUAUUGCAAAGAAGAGUUCAAUUAGAAGUCGUAUGUCUAAUUAAACUCUUAUUACUGUUACAGACUUUCGGUCAUAUGCCCAUACUCCUUGAUGACUUUGUAAAGUUUUGGUGUACUACAUGUAAUCCCAUUGGACUCUGAUAACCUGAUAUUGUGUAGUCCCACUUAUUCACAUUCAUUGCCAAAUUGAACAAGAAAAUGAUCAAGUUUCACACGUUUCUAUGUGAAUUUGUGUUUGAUCAAUCAAAGGCAAUAGUAAGCACAUGUCCAACUCCAGUUGCAUUCUCUAUUCUCUA